UACUUUUCUUUUGAGGGUAACGAAUUUGGUGGGCACAGAUGCGCGCCGCCUCAGCCUUUGAAAUCUUGUGGUCGCACACACACCAUUGUCUCUCUUUCAUUCUUUGCUCAACCCCACCACCUCCUCCACCAACCCACCAAACCGGUAAGCGAAAAAACAAAAAAUAAACAAAAACAAGUUAUUGCUGCGGCACCAUCAACAUCCCAACCAUAGGUAUUACUUUUCCACCAAACGUUUUUGGAUCUGUUAAGUCUAUUGCAUAUCUCUGUGAGAUCUACUUCUUGGGUUGAUGCUGUGUAUUUCAGUUGUAUGCCUAUGUGUGCAUAGGGAUUUGAUUGGUGAACCUGCGAUUUAGUUCUACAAGCAAAAAUGAAUUCUGCCAUGUGCUCAUCAUCAUCGUCAUCCACGAUUGCCUCUUCCUGCUGGCAGAAUCUUCGAAGCAGAAAACAUUAUCUGUUAGCACCUGAACCUUUUGCAAGGGUUGGUGACUCAAGUAUGAUAGAUACACUGCGAAGAUAUAACUGUAAGGAAGGGAAGGUUGUGAUUUCAAGUCAUUUGGUAUCUGGACAUUUGGAUGCAUCGCGUACAAGAAAAAAGUUGUUAAACCAGUCAGUUCCGAAGUUAGAAUUUGUACGCACUCUGCUAAUUGACAAUUAUGACAGUUACACUUACAAUAUAUUCCAGGAGCUUUCAAUUAUUAAUGGAAUGCCUCCGGUGGUGAUUCGGAAUGAUGAGUGGACGUGGAAAGAAAUUUAUUACCACUUGUAUGAAGAAAGGGCAUUUGACAAUAUUGUGAUAUCACCUGGUCCUGGUUCUCCAACAUGUCCAGCAGAUAUAGGAAUUUGCCUGAGGCUCCUCCUUGAAUGCAUUGAUAUCCCUAUACUAGGCGUCUGCCUUGGUCACCAGGCUUUGGGAUAUGCGCAUGGGGCUCAAGUUGUGCAUGCACCUGAACCUGUCCAUGGUCGUUUGAGUGAUAUUGAGCACAAUGGUUGUCAAUUGUUCCAUGAAAUUCCUUCGGGAAGAAAUUCAGGAUUCAAGGUGGUUCGGUACCAUUCCCUUGUAAUAGACCCAAAGUCACUCCCAAAGGAACUCAUUCCCAUAGCUUGGACCUCUACCACUGAGACACUCCCUUUCCAUGGUGUUGGACAAUCCGAUUCAUUCUUUCAUGCAUCCAAAGAAGCAGAAGAUAUUUUCCAUGGGAUGUCGGAGUUAUCAAGUGAAUCAAAGGAGGUGCAGGGUGGAAAAGUCCUUAUGGGUGUCAUGCAUUCUAGUAGGCCUCACUAUGGAUUGCAGUUCCACCCGGAGAGUGUUGCAACGUAUCAUGGAAGACAGCUUUUCAAAAAUUUCCGGAAAAUCACAGAGGACUAUUGGCUCAGGUUAACGUCAGCCUCCAUCAAUGAGAGAAGGGUUCAUUAUGCUGCAUGCAUGCAGGUUCCUAUUGUAAGCCCGCUGUCCCAAGGUGCUGCACGAAAUGGGCAUCUGGUGAAUAAAUCGGUUGAGCGGAGAACUGUCAAAAUGGAUGAAAUCUUAAAUCUAUCACAUCCGAAGUACAGUGUAAAAUUUUUGAAGAUGACAUGGAAAAAACUAGAUUGCUCUGUCAGCCAAGUUGGUGGAGCGGAAAAUAUUUUCUGUGAACUAUUUGGAGAUCAAAAGGCUAAAAACAGUUUCUGGCUGGAUAGUUCUUCAAUAGAAAAGGGAAGGGCUAGAUUUUCCUUUAUGGGGGGAAAAGGAGGUUCACUCUGGAAGCAACUUACGUUUAGAUUGUCAAAUCGCAGUGACAUAAUGUGUAAAGGAGGUGAUCUAUCAGUUGAAGAUGCUUAUGGCCAUGUUAAAACUACAUUUUUGGAAGAUGGAUUUUUUGAUUAUAUAAAUAAGGAGCUCCUAUCAUUUUGUUUCGAUGAGAUGGAUUAUGAAGGAUUACCAUUUGAUUUCUAUGGUGGCUACAUUGGUUAUAUCGGGUACGAUCUCAAAGUUGAAUGUGGCAUGGCAUCUAAUCGUCAUAGAUCGAAGGCACCAGAUGCUUGUUUAUUCUUUACGGAUAAUAUUAUUGUCAUCGAUCAUCAGUGUGACGACAUAUAUACUUUGUCACUACACAAUGUGAGCACAACUAGUACUUCUUACUUGGAUGAUGUGGAGAAGAGGCUACUCGACUUGAGAGCUUCUAUGACCAAAAGGUUGCAAUCACGGGCAUCUCGAGGAUCGGCAGUGGUCCAACUAAAAUCAGGUUUUUCUGCUGAGAAAUCAAGAGAGGAGUACAUCAAAGACGUUAAGAGUUGUCAAGAUUUCAUAAAAGAAGGAGAAAGUUACGAGUUGUGUCUUACAACCCAGAUGAGAAUGAAAUUGGGGGAAAUAGAUUCUCUGGGACUUUAUCUUAAUCUCAGAGAAAGAAAUCCCGCACCAUAUGCUGCCUGGCUUAAUUUUUCAAGGGAAGACCUAAGCAUAUGUUGUUCUUCUCCUGAAAGGUUCCUACGAUUGGAUAGGAAUGCAAUUCUGGAAGCAAAACCCAUAAAAGGGACUACAGCUCGUGGUUCCACCCCUAAAGAAGAUGAAUUUCUGAAACUGCAAUUAGAAUACAGUGAAAAGGAUCAGGCGGAAAAUCUGAUGAUUGUUGACCUGUUGAGGAAUGACCUCGGGCGUGUGUGUGAGCCUGGCUCUGUUCAUGUCCCACAUCUCAUGGAAAUAGAAUCCUAUGCAACAGUUCACACCAUGGUCAGUACGAUUCGGGGGAAAAAGCGAUCAGACGUAAGUGCAAUUGAUUGUGUUAGAGCUGCAUUUCCUGGUGGGUCAAUGACAGGUGCACCAAAGUUGAGAUCGAUGGAACUUCUUGAUCAUCUUGAAAAUUGUUCUAGGGGCAUCUACUCGGGCUGCAUUGGAUUUUUCUCUUAUAACCAAGCAUUUGAUCUCAACAUUGUGAUAAGGACUAUUGUCAUACACGAAGGAGAAGCUUCAGUAGGAGCAGGGGGAGCCAUUACAGCUCUUUCAGACCCCGAUGAUGAGUAUGAAGAAAUGAUUUUGAAAAGUCAAGCACCCACUAAGGCUGUUCUUGAACAUCAGAGCAGCAUCAUCUUCUCAGACACAUAAGUGACAUGACCACUUGAAAAACCCAGUGAAGAAUAGGGGUAUAGGGGAGCAAAUGCAGCUUCUUGUAGUUAAAAGGGGGAGAGGAAACUGUGGAUGAGUAGCAGGUAGCCUAUGAUUCAUACAAAUAUUCGUCAGCGCAGCCUAUUCAUUCUUUUGAUCGCGGUUAUUGGAAAGUAUAGCCAUUAUAACAUACAAAUCUACACUGAUCUGCAGCGACUAAAAUACUGUACAUAGGAUUCUGAAGGACCUGCAGGAAUUUACAGAAAUGUUUGUAAACCUGUAAUAAUACUGAAUCGAUAGUUCACAUGUUUGAUUCUUUAUUGUAAAAUCGUCGAACAAUUAUUUUAUUUGGCUGACUUUUCCCACUUGCACAA